GUCCAGCGCUAGGAAACAACAAACAUGGCGGAGGCAGUGAGCGCCGGCGCCUCUAGGCCUCCCCUCAGGACUCGGGUGAAGGUCUGGCUGUGCCGCUAUCGCGCGUACGUGUGGCUGCUGCUCUUUGUGACGGGGCUGCUCCUUCUCUAUCACUUCAGAGCGGCGCUCCGCCUCUACGAGGCUGUAGUGACCGUGACUGGUUUCAUCAACACGUUGACCCCAAAAUUCUAUGUUGCUCUUACCGGAACCUCAUCACUCAUAUCUGGGUUAAUAUUGAUUUUUGAAUGGUGCUACUUCCGGAAAUACGGCACAUCUUUCAUCGAGCAAGUGUCUGUAAACCACUUGCGUCCUCUGAUGGGCGGGAUUGAUGCUGGAGCCUCCGCAGAGGGUUUCUUCCCGACCUCUGGAGACAAUGAGACUAGCAGGCAAACUCUGUCAGAGUGCAAAGUGUGGAGGAAUCCCCUUAACCUUUUCAGAGGCGCCGAGUACAACAGGUAUACCUGGGUGACCGGCAAGGAGCCACUCACAUAUUAUGACAUGAAUCUGUCUGCACAGGACCACCAGACGUUUUUUACUUGUGACAGUGACUCCUUACGUCCGUCAGAUGCUGUUAUGCAGAAAGCAUGGCGUGAAAGAAUCCCUCAGUCCAGAGUAAAAGCUGCAUACCAAGCUCUAGACGUAGCUAAUGAUUGUGCCACAGCAUACAUUUUGUUGGCUGAAGAAGAAGCCACAACAAUUUCCGAUGCCGAGAAGUUGUUCCAACAGGCGCUGAAAGCUGCUGAAUCAGCAUACAAGAAGUCUCAGCAAACACAGCACCUGGGCGCCCAGCAUGAAGCACAGUACAAAAGGGAUAUGAACGUGUUGGUUUACACAAAGAGAAGACUGGCCAUGUGUGCAAGGAAAUUAGGACGGAUUCGAGAAGCUGUAAAAAUAAUGAGAGAUCUAAUGAAAGAGUUUCCUCUGCUCAGCAUGGUAAAUAUCCAUGAAAACCUGCUGGAGGCUUUGCUGGAAUUGCAGGCGUAUGCAGAUGUUCAGGCAGUGCUUGCUAAAUACGACGAUAUUAGUCUUCCAAAGUCUGCUACAAUAUGUUACACGGCAGCAUUACUAAAAGCCAGAGCUGUGUCUGACAGAUUCUCACCUGAAACAGCCUCUAGAAGAGGACUGAGCACAGCAGAAAUGAAUGCCGUGGAGGCCAUUCAUCGAGCUGUAGAAUUUAACCCUCAUGUCCCUAAGUACCUGUUAGAGAUGAAAAGCUUGAUUAUGCCACCAGAGCAUAUACUGAAGCGCGGAGACAGCGAAGCCGUGGCAUAUGCCUUUUUCCACCUUCAGCACUGGAAACGGGCAGAAGGAGCACUGAAUUUACUCCACUGCACAUGGGAAGGCACAUUUAGGAUUCUGCCAUACCCCUUAGAAAAAGGUCAUCUUUUUUAUCCUUAUCCCGGGUGUACAGAAAAUGCAGACAGAGAGCUGUUACCAGCCUUUCAUGAAGUGUCUGUAUAUCCAAAGAAGGAGCUGCCGUUCUUCAUCCAUUUCACAGCUGGCCUAUGUUCUUUUACUGCAAUGCUAGCACUUCUAACCCACCAGUUCCCAGAGCUCAUGGGAGUUUUUGCAAAAUCUUUUUUCGUGACACUGCUCACACCCUUCACUUUUAUGCUGGAAAAGAUUGAGAACAUCAUGCCAUCCAGUCUUUGGCACCAGCUGACCCGCAUGUAAGCAUAUCUCGAAAGAACAGAAGACAACAACGUACAACAUUUGGGACCUUACCGUCAAAAUGUAUUUCAGCCAUGUCCAGCGGCCCUCUCUUCCAGACUCCAGGAUUUGAAAUCUGCUGACUGGUCCCUUUAGGCUGGGGCCAUACCUUGACUUUUUGUAGCACUUUUAAUUGAUCUUAUUGUAUAUCAUCUUAUGUACUGCAGUUGUCACUCGAAGGCAUCCAGUAGAGCCAGAAUGAUUGGGAAAUAUCAAUUUAUAUACGAAAAGCUGAUAAUAAAAAAAAGUGAACCGGU